AUGACGCCUAAAAACUGGGAUACCAAUACCACAAACCAGCUCCUCCAAGCCCUCAUCGCACACGGCGCCUUGACCAGCCCGUCUCCGGGUAGACCCUUUAGCACUGUUACUGGCUGGGAUGCAAUCAUCGCCGAGAUGGUCCAGCACGGCCACAACUUCACCAAGGUCUCAAUGCAAUCGUCCGCUGACGGAUCUGACACUGCUAGACCGGCCGCUGGACCAGCUUCUCCCUCCGCUACCGCCGUUCCCGCCCCUAGCCGCAGCCGCCAUUCCGAUUCCGCUGGCUCAUUCUCCUCCCGUCCCGCCCCGCGUGCGCCAGUCAGUGCAGGCCAGCUCGACGGCCGCGAAGAAUACAAGGACAAUAUCGACGCGGUGUCCAAGGACGAGAGAGCAAAGACCCUGAAUAUGCUUAAGCAUCGCUUGGUCGUCAUUCGAGAGCGUUCAUUCAGAUCCAUUCUUCGAGGAUUUUCGUAUACCUGGGACGAGCUGUCCUUCACCGAGGAUCUUAUUGCCAGCAAAGAAUCACUGAUGAAGAUCGAAUCCAAUCUCCGAGAUACACUUGUUCGCUCCAGGCACCCUUUCGACGUCCGGAUGACGUGGGUGAACGUGAUGCGCGUCAAUCAGACCGACGACGAGAAACCAUAA